AUGGUGCCACUGCCCGAUUUGAGCUGGAUUGGGACGAAGAACAAGUUUGGUCUAGUGACUUUCAUCCUUGAGGCGAAUGGUGAAUCGGCUGAAGACGAACAUAGUGCUUUAGAGCAAUACAAUGCGUCAGCACCCGAAUCGGUUGGAGAGGAACAUAGUGCUUUGGGACAGUACACUCCAGGACCGGAGCGGGUAUCAAAUGGUCGCAGUGGAUGGACUCAAGGUCUUCACUCGGAGAACACAUCUCAGGCUCAAUCUCGCAACCCAGUUUAUCAGAAUCGAUCCCAUCAGGUCCCUACAAACAGUCCACUCAGCCUGCUGUCAGGCAAUGGAUCUACACUGACACUACGAGAGGCAUCGCUGAUGCGCUACUUUAUCCAAAAAUUAGCACCCUGGGCCGAUGUUUGUGACAUUCAUUCACAUUUCAGCACCGAAGUCCCAAGACGGGCAUUGGAGAAUAACAUGGUACUGCAAGCUAUCCUGGCCCUAUCUGCGCGACAUGAUGCGAUCUUGACAAAUGAUAGUGACUGGGAGGCCUCGGAUUAUCACGGAAAAUGUUUGAAAUUAUUAAUUGCGGCAUUAGAUCAAGCCGAGACAAAUUGCGACGAGAACAUGCUUAUCACGGUCGUGAUUCUUCGUAUAUAUGAGGAGUUGGAGACUAACACUGACCAACAGUAUCACCUGCUUGGGUCUAAUCGCUUGGUGAAUCUCAUGGCCCGCUCUGCUUCCUCUGGCGGAGUGGCAGAAGCAGUGAGCUGGCAGUUUUUGCGGCAAGCUAUCUAUGCAUCGGUAGUACAGUAUCAACCUUUACAACUCGACAUGCAGAAUUAUGAGCGCUCGUCAAUGUUUCACCGCCACGAUGAUGCUGCUUGUGCCAAUAGGAUCAUCUAUCAUUGUGCUCGUAUCCUACAAGUAUGCUGCGAUGCGCCCGGACAUAUUGUGGCACAAGAUACCUGGCGCCAAAUAUCAGACAGCGUGAACGAGUGGAAUCAAACAAAGUCCACAACCUGGCAACCUAUUCGGUAUCAAGCAUCGAGCGUGGCUGACGGUCGGCCUUUCCCUGUUAUAUGGAUGAUAUCCCCGCCGGCAGUGGUCGGAAUGCAGUAUUAUCACUCGGCGUGUAUUUUCCUCACCUUGUCUGAAUCUCCCUCGCAUGAUAUGAGCGAUUAUGAAAGGGCCCGCUCAAGGCGUGUGCAGGAGGUAGCCAAAGCAGAGCUCUAA